AUGCCCUGGCUCCCUGCGCUGCCUGCUGAGCCCUGUCCCUGGUUGGUGGGCCGCCGGUACUACGAUGCCAAGUUGUGCCUGCUGCAUGCUGAGCAACUCAUCCUGCGCCACAUGCAUUUCCAGGUGGUGGGCAGCCACCCGCACAAAUUCCUGCUCAGCUUCUGUGCAGCGAUGGGUGCUUCUGACAGAGUGGCGGCACUGGGCGUUGCACUUCUCAACGACUGCAUGGUGUACACUGACCUGGUUGCGCGGCUGACACCUGAACAGGUUGCUGGCGGGGCACUGCACCUAGCCCUCGAGUGGGCAGAGGAGGCAAGUGGGGGAAGGUCUUUGAGGUGGCUGCGGGAGAUAGGUUUGGACGCUGCAUCAGUGGAGGCUGUGGGGCACUGCCUGCUGGACAUGGUCGUGGAGGUGAGGUCCAGAGAAGGGCAGCUGGAAGCCACAAAUCGAGGUGUGGAAGUGGAUUGA